CUUUUUCAUUUUCAGAUUUCAGAUCACUGAUCAACGUAAACAGUGCAGUGAAUUAUUAUCUUUAUUGUUAGUUUAUUUUAUUGUAUUAUUCAAAGUCUACUUAAUUCUUGUAAUUUCUCUAAAUUAAUUCUCAUUUUCUAAUUAUUCAUAAAAGUUCCCUUUACUUGAUUAUUGUUUUUAGUAAUAGUACCACGUGCGUUAUAAGGAUUCAUUGAGCGAAUAUUAAGGACUUUUUGUCGAAUCAAUCUUAAUUUGGACAAAAUGGAGGAUGACUUUGUUGGUGAUUGGACGGAAAUCAAUUCACAUAUAGAAAUAGCAAGAUGCUCUUAUGGAGAUAUGUUACAUGACACAGAAAGGAACAACUUGUACUACAAAGCACUUGUUUUGGCUAUUAAAAAGAUCCACUCGGAAGGAAGAAAAGCAAAUGUAUUGGACAUUGGAACUGGCACAGGGUUAUUAUCGAUGAUGGCUGCCACCAUUGGAGCCGAUACCAUCACUGCAUGUGAGGGUUGUGUACCAAUGGCAGGAUGUGCUCGUAAAGUGAUCAAAGAAAAUAAUCUUGAAGAUAAGAUAAAAGUUGUUCCAAAACAUUCAACUGAUCUGAAAGUCGGUCCAGGAAAAGAUAUGCCUCAAAGGGCCAAUAUCCUGGUUACUGAAGUAUUCGAUUCAGAUUUCAUCGGUGAUGGAGCCAUCAGUACUUUCAAACAUGCUCACAAAGAACUGUUGGAGAAAGACUGCAUCGUGAUUCCCUGUUCAGGCCGAGUGUACGCUCAGGUUGUGGAAAGCACACUGGCUCGCCGCUGGAACAAACUGGACAAUGUCAGCAUCAGCAACGGCACACAAAUUGAAAUGUCAGCCACACUGAACAGCUGUCCGGGCUCCAUGUCUGUGCACGACCUCCAGAUGAGUCGCCUAGAUCAGCGCUCCUACAAAACAAUCUUGCCUCCUAAAGUGGUCUUCGAAUUCGACUGGUCGGGCCGUGAGGAGAUAGUGGAGUGUCGACAGGCACGCGUGGACGGACGUGCGGUGACGGCUGGUGUGGCAAACGCAGUGUUGAUGUGGUGGGAUCUGAGCAUGAACGCUGAAUGUGACAUGCGCCUGAGCUGCGCGCCCGCCUGGCUGCAGCCGACAGGCGGAGCCAACUGGCGCGACCACUGGAUCCAGGAGAUCUACCACCUGCCGCGCAGUCUCGCCGUCGCCCAGAACCAGCCCGUCUCGUUGCUCACCUGUCACGACGAGUACUCGUUCUGGUUCAGCUUUGACUCCACUGACAGUUUAGUGGAGGACUUGCCCCAACCAAUGUGCACGUGCAAUCUGCAUUACGUUUGCUCACGCCAGCGCAUGGGCGAACUGAACGAUCCCCACAGGAAACUCAAGUACAACGCUGUCUUGAAGAAGAAGGUGAAUCCGGACUCUGUUGUGCUGGCGACUGGAGACAGCUCCCUCAUGGGUCUCGUGGCUGCCAAACUCGGUGCUCAAAUGGUUUACUGUUACGAGGAUAAAAAGUUGGCGGUACCUGUCUAUGAAGAUCUAAUUGAGCAUAACAAGCUCUCUGAUAAAGUAAAAAUGGUGACAACACAGGGUGAAUUGGAUGAAAUAAUGGGCAAGGUGAAUUUGUGCAUUAAUGAGCCAUUCUUCAGAACUUCGAAACUUCCCUGGGAGAAUAUUCGCUUCCGCACAGAAGGCUCUUGCAGCAAUGUGAUUCCUUGCUCUGCCUCGAUCCAAGGCGUUGUUGUGCAAUUUGAACAUCUUCACAAAAUUAGAGUACCUGUCGAUGAAGUAAUGGGAUUCAAAAUGACAGAUUACAACGAAAUGAUUCACAAUGCUAUCCUGAAAGCUGAUAAUCCAAUGGAAGUGCAUCCUCUAUGGGAGUACAAGACCAAAGCUCUCUCGAAGCCAUUCACAUUGUUCGAACUGAAUAUGUGUGACACAGCACCUCAAAAACCAGUCUUCUUUGAAACAAGUUUUGAACUUGAAGUGGCGGGCCGCAUAGAUGGUGUUGUGUUGUGGGUGGACUACAUGCUGGAUGAGGUGACUCGGAUCAGCGAAGGUGGCACGCGACUCAUCUGGCCGGGAGAGUCGGUGGCCUGGGACAUCCACGGCCGGCAGGCGGUCUGCUUCAGUCGGCACCGCCGCACCCUCAACGCCAAGAAAGGCGGCACUGUCAACCUCAAAUCCACCUACCUCUCCAACUAUCUCAACCUGUUCUUCAGUUACACCGAUCCUGAUGGUGGAGAUCCAGUUGUUCUUUGUUCAUUUUGAAAGCACCAAUUUCCAGAAGAAUUCAUCCGUCUCUCAACCUGACUUUGUUAAGAAUUCAAAACACCAGAAUACAUUUAUUAUCAAAAAAUUGGUGUUCGCGUGUAAAUAUUUUAAUUUGCAUGAAACUUUUAAUAAAAAAAGUUGAACAAUU